ACUGAAGCGCAAACAUACUCUGAGCUUCCGCGAGACAGUUCACCGAGGCAUAGCACUAUUCAUUUGUACCAUUUUAGUUUCGCUCUUACAAAAUUCGUGUUAUAAUUCCUGAUAACUUUACUAUUGCGAUCAUUUUAUGCUCUGGAUGUUUUAAAAAAACGAAUAUUUAUUUAACAGUUCUCUUAUCUGAUGCUGUUAUAUAUGAGAUAGCCGGCAUAUGUAACGUUAGCCUGUUAGCUUCUCGUUGGUCUCGAAUUAAGAGGCAAAGAUGACUUCAAAAACUAAAGGAACUUGCUCUGUUUCAGUGGGAAAGGUGGGCUCCAAAAGCAAAGAAGAUGCUCCUCAUGAGCUGGAGAGUCAGUUUGUUCUGCGGCUUCCUCAGGAGUAUGCAUCUACAGUCAGACGGAUCGCCCAGUCUAGCAGCAUGAACAUGAAAGACAGACUUACUAUAGAGUUGCAUGCUGAUGGUCGCCAUGGGAUUGUACGUGUGGAUCGUGUCCCUUUAGCGUGUAAAUUAGUUGAUUUACCUUGUAUUCUGGAGUCAUUAAAAACAGUUGACAAGAAGACCCUCUAUAAGACUGCUGAUAUCUGUCAGAUGCUGGUGUGUACACUGGAUGGUGACCUGUACCCCCCUCUAGAGGAGCCCACGGGCACUACAGACUCCAAAAACAAAAAGAAAGACAAGGACAAAGACAAAAAAUUUGUUUGGAACCACGGCAUUACCCUUCCUCUGAAGAACACAAGGAAGAGGCGGUUUAGGAAGACAGCGAAGAAGAAGUACAUUGAGUCUCCUGAUGUGGAAAAGGAAGUGAAGAGGCUCUUGAGCACAGAUGCCGAAGCUGUCAGUGUUCGAUGGGAGGUGAUUAAUGAGGAUGAGACCAAAGAACCUGACAACAGCUUAUCUCUGUCCAACCUGGAGUCUUCACCUGGAAACUCAGGACACAAGGGUCACGGCUCCUCAGUCCAACAUGACGAGCUACGCGAGAUCUUCAACGACAUCAGCAGCAGCAGCGAGGAUGAGGACGAGGAGGGUGAACGGCACGAGGACGAAGACCUUAACAUCAUGGACACUGAAGAUGACAUGGUCAGGCAGCUCCACGAGAAAAUGAAUGAGACCGAUGGAAGCAGAGACGAGAAUGACCGGAACAGUCAGAUCGUAAUGGAGUACCAGGUGCAGAUCAGCAAUUUGAAGGCUAAGCUCCAGGAAACCCGUGCCCGCAAGAAGCAACAGGAGAAAUUGAUCAUGGAGGUGGAAAAUCAAGCCCUGAGGGAUCGCUUCCAGGGUCAUUUGAAUAGUAUGAUUCAUCAAGAGGAACAAGAGAUGGAACAGCUGGCCUCCCUUCAAGAGCAGCUGGAUUCACUGAUCGAGAAGUGAUGCUCACAAUUACAAAGAUACUGCAAUACAAAGGCUCUGACCAGAGGCGACAGCUGAACACGACGGAUUUUACUCUAUUGCAUGUAUUAGCUGAAUUUGAACAUCCCAUUUGAGUUGUGAGACUCUAAAAUAAGUAUAUCAGUAUACAAGUAAAAUCAGUAUAUUUGACUGAUGCCUCAUCACAAAAAUUUCUUUGAUUUCUCAUGUCAGAUUGUGGAUUUGUACUUGUUGUGACUUUUUUCAUGUUGAUACACUAUAAACCUUUUUAGUUAACUGCAGUAUUUCAAAUAAAUUCAUAUUUGAAAUAAA